AUGGAAUCUGAAGCUCAAGAUUCGACAUCAAAUGUCAUUCAGACGUCUCGGAAAUCUUUGUAUAUGAUUUUUAAAGAGAGUCCUGCUAAAAACUUAGAUGAUAAAGUAUCAUUUAUGGAAAAUAAGCUCCGAGAAAUGAUGAAAUGUCCCCGGAACGAGUUUCAAACCUUAGGUCACGAUUUAAGACAUUUUAAAUCAGAUUUAAAAAAGAGAUGGGUAUCGUGCAAUUAUAUUGAAGACAGAUUUAUGAAAAAGAACGAAAGAUGGCUUAGUAAUUCAAUACCAGUACAUACAUGGAAGCAAAACACCAAGCCAGGGCGCCCAAGCAAGGACUUCCAAGAACUGACUGAUCGCAGUAAAAGACGGAAAACAAAACAACUUCGUGAGGAGGUACCUGUUGAAGUGCUUACUUUUGCUGCUAGCGUCAGUCAAAAUGUGUCAGGAAAUGCUGCGGCUUCGAAACUUAUAAAAGAUGCAACAUCUUCACCAACAAGAGCGAAGCGGUACAGAAAAGUAAUUAAUACUACUCAAGAACCAAAAAUAAAAAAGUACACAUCUGAUGAAGCUUUGCGCAUUUUCAUCGAAGGUGGCUUUAGAAGGAAACAAUGGGAGUUACAGCACAAAUCAACUAAAGAUCCAUUUAUAAGUUGUUUACGGAAACUUAACCCGAGCAAAAGCCAGCCUUUCAUGAGAGAAACUAUUGAGUUGUUCGAGCCGGAAGAACUGGAUUCAGAAGUAGACCAAUCAACAAGUCUUGCUUACUCUGAUGAAUCAGACUAA